GUACUACUUGGCCACGACGAAUCCAAGCCCCGAAGCACACAGCCGGCAGGGCGUAAACCCUAUAUAAGGCCAAAACCCUUCGGACUCUCUUUCCUCUUUCUUCUCUCUACACUCGCGCUUCACCCUUCUCCUCCCUUUCCCUCAUUGCCACUGUCCGUUGCCCCCCUCUAUUCUCUCUCAUACUCAGAAUUCCCUCUGCAACUUUCCAUGAUAGAGCGAGCGGAUCUGUGGAAGAGCAAUGCCCAAGCGCUUUCGCUUCGGCUUCGGGACCGCUUCAGAGUGGCCGUGGACCGGCAUCGCCGCAAGCAACCGAUUUUCUCUGGCGAUGGUUACUUCUCCUCCACAUUCGAUCGCUUGCUCCGCCGCUUCCGCGAUUUCCGCAGGGAUUCCUUGCCUUCUUCCCCCACUUUCUAUCGGAAAAGAGUGGGUAAAGACUUCAAUGCUGAAGAAGAGUCUGUCAUUCUUCGCAUGCUUCAAGCUGUGGCUGUUCCAGUUCUCGGUAAUGCUUGUCAUGUGUUUAUGAAUGGCUUGAAUCACGUUCAGGUUUAUGGUUUAGAAAAAUUGCACGAUGCAUUACUUCGUAGGCCAAAGGACAAGUCUCUUAUUACAGUUAGCAAUCAUGUUGCUUCUAUGGAUGAUCCACUUGUUAUUGCUGCACUGCUUCCUCCACAUGUUCUUUUGGAUGCUCAGAACUUGAGAUGGACGCUUUGUGCCACUGAUCGAUGUUUUAGCAAUCCUGUGUUUUCUGCAUUCUUUAGAUCUGUCAAAGUCUUGCCAGUUGCUCGUGGUGAUGGUAUUUAUCAAAAGGGUAUGGAUAUGGCAAUUGCAAAACUGAAUCGCGGUGGGUGGGUUCACAUCUUCCCAGAAGGUAGCCGUUCUCGGGAUGAUGGGAAAACUGUGAGGUCUUCCAAGAGAGGCGUUGGAAGGUUGGUACUGGAUGCAGACAAUAUUCCCAUGGUUAUUCCAUUUGUACAUACUGGGAUGCAUGAGAUCAUGCCUUUAGGAGCCAGCAUCCCAAGAAUUGGAAAGACAGUGACAGUAGUUGUUGGAGACCCAAUCCAUUUUGAUGAUUUGCUUAACAUGGAAGAUGCUCAUGUAUCAAGAGGGAAAUUAUACGAUGAUGUUUCCUCAAGAAUUGGUCAUCGUUUACGUCAAUUGAAAGUUCAAGUUGACAGAUUAGCACUUGAACAAGCAAACCAAAUACACAAUCAUCCUGUCCAAAGCUCAGAACAGACAGCUGGGAUUUUGCAGCACGUUGACUGGGAAUUGUUUGGGAUUGGAAGCUAUUUUUCUACCAAAGAUGAUUCUUCAUCCAUGCAAGAAUCACAGAUUCAACUAAAGCUGGAUGAUAACUAUACUCCAGGGCCUGCAUCUUCACUUGGGCAGACAAAAAGCGAUAGUGAUUCUCAAGAGCUUGGUUCUCGCAAUUGGUAUUUCAGGAUGGGACUCUCCAAUGAAGGUGGAAUUGUGUCCAGAAUACGUGGUUAUAUGGAUCCGACCGAGAUAAUGAGUUUCGCAGCCAGAGGCCUAUUUAUGAAUCUAAGAUCGAAGGAAAUUUGUGCUAGCUGUUGAGAGGUUGGACUCGUUAAGGCAUGGAACAAUUUCUGGAAGCUUAUGUGUUCCGGCAGCGGAACUACUACAAACAAAACAUGGUUUUGAGGGUGUUGCAUCCUGAAUUCAAUGUAAAUACCUAAAUAAAUCAUGUUCCGGUUGGGGAAUGAGCGAUAUUGAGGCAUUGCUAGACGCUAGUUGCCUCGUUCCCCCAUUUUCUUUUUAAAUGGUUUUCUGGGUUUUACUAGGAAAAUUAUCAGCUAGUUUGAGAGUUCGGAUGUCAUGGUAUUCUCAAACUAUCAUAAUAUACUAAGACAUUAUAAUUAAUUCAUUUUUAAUGACAUGUCAUCCUAUGAUAAAUUGGGAGUA